CGCCUCCCAGUCCAGUUUGACAGCUACGUACCUCCAAAUUUCAUUGCUAAAAAUAAAUUUUAUAUCCUGCGGUGUGAAUCCGAAGACUACACACAAUUGGAAUCUUCCUUCAAUAAUUCAUCAACUUCAUUCCCACCCUCAAUCAAUAUUCAAAUUCCGAACCCCCUCUCCCUUUCCUCCUCUCUCCCUUUUUUGUGUGUUGAACUGAACAAAAAUGGCGAAUUCAGUUGAUGCAAAUUCUGCAAAGUGUUUCUCCGGCGUCAUAGGGCGGUUGUUGUGCGGUGGCAGCCUCCCGACACACCCUUCUGAUCAAUUUGUUGAGUACAAGAAGUGCAAAGAAGUUGAUCAUCCGCCUGAAAAUGCUUUAAGAUCUGAUGACGCCAAAGUGAAAGCAGCAGAAGCUCCAGGAGUGGUAGCCAGAUUAAUGGGUUUAGAUUCAAUACCAGGAGAUAUCAAGCCAAAAGAUAGAAGUCUGGCUUCUUAUUUUCGAAGCAGGUCAGUGAAUUCCAUUGAUUUUCUUGCACAGUUUGAUGUUUCUUGUAAACAAUCCCCGGCCCAGCACAGAAGAGUAAGAACAGCAGCGUCUUUAAGUGAAGUCCCUUCUCUUGAUUUUAGAGGAAAACAUGAUUUUAACGUGAUUCUGCACUUUGAGCAAGUAGAAAAUUGUAAAGAUGAACCCAGAUAUCAAGAAAGAUUGGAGGUGAAAAAGCCUGAAGUGAUGAUUAAUUAUCAACAAGCUAAACAGAAGAAGGUCCUCAUCAAUCAAAACAUAACAGAAAACCCAUAUCUUAUGAAUAAAUCUUGUAAGAAAUUGGAGGAUAAGCCCAAGAGAGUGCAUAUUAAGAAGAAUCAUAUAAGUAGAAAAACGAAUGUGGACCUGAAGGAAAGAAGGCCAGCUAAAUCACACAAUACCAAGAAGAAAGAGAAUAAGUACAAAGAAUGCAACCCAAGAAAUUCAUGUUCUUUCUCAGUUUUUGAUAACAUUCAAGAUUAUCAGAUCCACCCAGAAGCCACUCCAUCAGAAGUUUCGCCAGUACGUCAAGUUUCAAACAAACCCCUAUCGCAUUGUAACUAUGAAGAAUUCAAGGCAACCACUGGCGAACAUGACGGCAACAAAACGAUGAAGGAAGAGAGUUCUUUCAACAUAAAGUUGCUCGAAAAAAUAUGUAAUUUGACAGAAUAUGAUCUAAAGAAGUCUUGUUGGGUACCUGAUCAAGUGUUAAAGUUUGAAGACCUUGAAGAGAUAUGUUUCCAUUAUGGGCAACAAAUUUUUGAGUUAUUGCUGAAUCAAGUUGUUGAUGAACUUGUGCUUCUUCAGCUUCACAGGAGAAAGGAAUUCUUUUCCCAUAUGCAUGUUAAACAAAGAGAUUUGCUGGUGCACACUGUAGAAACUGUGUAAAUAAUGAAGUCUGAAUGCAAAAGAUAAACUUUCUGAUCAAUGUUUUUGGCUGAUUUUAUAGUUGCUCAUGUACAAUUUGUUGGAUAUUGGUUAAAUAAAUCGAGAAUUGAAAAUCGAUUAAA